AUGAAUGAAGAAGUUGGAUGGGAUAAUAAAGAUGAGGCAGAGAAUGAAGAAGUUGAAUGGGUUAAUGAGGAUGAGGCAGAGCAGCUUUUUUUAGUUUUAACUAAAAAUAUGAAAGAAUUAAAAUUUUCCAAAUAUAUUUUAAUAGUAAUUUUAAAUGGUGGUUCUUCUGGUAGUGAAAAUGGUUCUGAUGUCAAUAAUUUUGGUGGUGGUUCUUCUGGUAGUGGAAAUGAUUCUGAUACUAAUAAUUUUGGUGGUGAUUCUUUUGGUAGUGAAAAUGGUUUCAGUGCUAAUAAUUUUAGUGGUGAUUCUUCUGGUGGUGGAAAUGGUUCUAGUGCUGAUAAUUUUGGUGAUAGUUCUUCUGAUGAAAAUAGUUCUGAUGUUGAUGAUUUUAAUGUUGAUUCUGAUGAUACUAAAAAUGCAUAA